CUCCUCUCCGGCGCUCUCACAUGUGUCGAAGAGAACUCCUAGCAAGACGGGAUAGCUGCGCUGUGUGCUUGAUUUGAUUGUGUUGAGAAUGUUUCUAAGGCUAUCCUCCCCAACGGCCUGAGUUUCUUGAAAACCGGUGAACAAAAUAUCUAGCUGCGCGAUUUAAGGCUCCGUAGAAUGGCUUCGAGCGAUUUGCCGGAUGACAUGUCCUGUCUUCUGAUCGUUCCGAAGGAGCAGCUCUGGAUCAAUCUCUAUCCGAAUGCUCUCACGAACGUUCGGCGAGCUCUGAAAACAUUCCUCGAUCAGCGAAUCGGGAGAUUCUGCAAUAAGAAUAAUGGCAUCCUCCUCAGCUAUACAGAUCUCAAAUUCAGGGCGAAACAUUUCCAAGUUUUUGAAGAUUACCCGAUGUGUCGUUUCCCCGUAUCCAUUUCGGCAACCUACUAUAAACCGGAGCCUGGGACAAUGGCCACCGGAACCAUCACAAGAAUCGAUCACAUAAGCGUGACUUGUCUCAUCCACGGUCUGAUCCAUGUGUCGAUAUCGCUCCGGAAAUCUGUGAAUUUUGACACUUGGUGCGCGAUGGGUCAACAAAUCGUCUUCCUCAUAAAGGGUGGGGAGAUGCACUACAAGGGAGUCAGAUUGCAAGCGAUUGUCACGCAAGAGUGCGUGGACAAAAUGCAAGACGCUUUCCCCGCCUCGAACCGCAAACGGACAUUCUCGUCGAGCUCGGCGGAUUCCGCAGCCACGACACCAAUUAAACCGAAAGCGAAGAAAAGACGAAUUUCCGAAAUACUAAAUCCAGAGUCGAGAGGAAGCGAUGCCGACUUCUUCGAUGGCUCCGAUUCAUAUGAUUUCGGGUCCCCUGACUUCACAUCGACGCAGCGACGUCACAACAUCCGAGCCAGUAGUGAUACGGAAGGAAUAGAAAUCACGGAUUCGGAGGAACCGCAAUUCAAGGAUGAAGUUCUGUCGAGCCAGGAUGAGGUGACGCUUCUGGAGGCGUCUAGUAAGCGACGGAAGAAGAGUCGAUCGAACUUGGCUUGAAUCUUCUCGCAGAAAUAAAGCUGUUGACCCUGUAA